AUGGAUCUCCCUAAACUGGACUCGCUGACAAAAACGUGGCACACUGAACCAUAUCCUUCCAUCUCUCCCACCAGACCAGAGCUCUCGGCCAAAGGGAAAAAUGUCAUCGUUACCGGUGGUGGGACGGGGAUCGGGCGAGCCAUUGCUGUAGCCUUUGCCCAAGCAGGGGCGAAAUCAGUGUCCAUCCUCGGCAGACGAGUCGACAAACUGAAGGAAGGCGCCGAGGCCAUCUCCAAAGAAGCGACGACCAAAGAAACCAAAGUCCUGUACGAGAAAGCCGACCUCUCGGACAGAAGCCAGGUCGAUGCCGCGUUGAAGUCCAUCACCGAUCAGGUCGGCAAGAUCGACAUUCUCGUCUCAAACGCCGGCUUCCUCCCCACGCCCGGCCAGUUGCUGGACUACGAUCCGGCCUUCCUCAUGCGAGGCUUUGAACUGAACGUCCUGACCACUCUCAACAUUCUUCAAGCCUUUGUCCCACUCGCCGGACCCGAGCCGGUUGUGAUCAACACUUCGACGGCGAUUGCGCACUUUAGACCCGUCACGGGAGCAGGAGGCUACGGAAUUUCCAAAGCGGCCAACCUGAAGUUGGUCGAUUAUUUCGCCUGGGAGAAUCCACAGAUACAUGUGGUGAAUUUGCAGCCGGGUUUUGUUCCUACGGAUCUCAAUGGACACCCGGACGAGGCCACUGACGUUGGUAAGAUUCUGCUCCCCCUUGUCACUGCGACACAUGCAUCGAGGGACCAUGAAAAAUUAAUGAUGGCUUUUUGCAUUUUAGCUGAACUGCCCGGACAAUUCGCCGUUUGGCUGGCAUCCCCCGAAGCCAAGUUCCUAAAGAGCAAAUUUGUGUGGUCAAACUGGGAUGUACCUGAAAUGUUGGAGAAGGCGGAAGAGAUCAAAACCACCAAACUGCUGGACUGGAAGUUGGAGGGUAUCGCGAUGUAG